AUGGUCUCGGCCGAGGAUCUAACGACCUCUCAUGGAAGUUAUGUGGCCGCCUAUUCUUGGUCGGAACGCUUGAGCGAACCUUCAUCUUUUACGAUACCACCACCAACUCUCGAUUUCUCACAAGGACAACCUUCGAUGACUGUCAAGCAUUCAAAAUCUAUGGACUACGGUUCUAACCGAUUUGGAAACCCAGUAUUCCUUCAGGCUCUCAUCACCGAUGGCAGUGUCACGCUUACGCAUAAGAUGCUCGACUGGAGGUAUGAUGACAGGAGAGAGGCACAGAUGGUUCUUCCCUACCUAUACAUCGGACCACUCUCCGCAGCUAAAAAUGAGAAGUUCAUACGUGAGAGAGGAUUUACGUUUCUGGUAUCAGUUCGAAGCACUGCAUCUGGUCCGACUCGCACAAUGGAUGCUGCUAAGAUGGCUGCCCAAUACGGAAUUUCCUCCUGCAAUGUCGAUAUUGAUUCACCCAUUGACUUGAUGCGCAAAUUCCCUGCCGCCAUUAAAACAAUAAAUGAUCAUCUGGAGUACACAGCAAAUGGAGGUUCGCUCAGUCUGACUGACAAUGUCCGGCCGGUUGUCAUUCAGGGAAAAGUCCUCAUCUUCUGCGAGACUGGCAAUGAGAGGUCAGCUGCAUUUGUAGCUGCUUAUCUUAUGGCUGUCUUCAACGUUGAUGUAAUCACCGCGAUCCAGGCAGUGCAAUCUCAACGCUUCAGCAUUUGCAUUGACGAUUCCACCAAGAACGCUUUGGGCACAUUUGAAACGCUUCUGAGAGCCGAGAGAGAUGUGGGUAGGGCGAACAAACUUUCGAACAAAGACUCCAGGAAGGAGAUUGUUCGUCAGCCAGCUCGUUUCAAGAGAACGCUCGACAACGUUUACAACGAUGAUGAAACUAUGGAGACGCAUAAUUGGUGCUCUAACCUUCAGGGUGAAGCGAGGAGGGGAUCGGCUCCCUUCCAUGACAUGGAAGAAUGA